UAUUGCGUGUCUACGCCUGUUAUUAUAAUGUGAAUUGGUGGGAGCUACUUGUCUGUCAACUUGGCGUCUGCGUUUCAGCAGGGGACAUAAUCAGAUACCGGUAAUAGCAGGUUAACAGUAUUUGCUUACGGUGCUAUAAUACGCUUCAUCGUGGACAAUGCUAGGAGUACGGUACUUUUGCUUCUCUAGAAAUCAGACCUGUUCGUAAUGUUGGCGAAAGGUGAACCAUCUAUAGUUACUAUAUACACUUUUGUGCUGAUCCAAGACAUAAUGACAGGCCCUUAAGGAGAACGGAAAGGUUUUGUAAUGACGCAGCAAGAGUUACACUGUCUUCGCUUGCUGGACUUUUCAACGCAUUGCUUUUGAGGUCGUCUUUAGAAUCUUAAGAUGGUGUCGAUAAAACACCAAGUGAUUCCAACUUGGACUAUUGGCAAAGGAAUCAUGAAGAGAUCGUGUCUAAGAGUGCUGGUCAAGAAACACAACGGUGAGCCCGGUAUAGAAUGUAACACAGCACCUUUAAAGAACCUGUGCCGUUACGUGGUCUACUUCUUGACCUUCUUGACCAUGUGCAUAACACUGUGGACUCUGGUGCUAGGCAGCACCGAAAUGGUCACCGUGACAUUUAGUAGCAACCAGGACAACGUCAAGGCUCUCUACAAGUGCACUUAUGAAAAUCCAGAUGGCUCAGUGGAUUUGGUUUUCAACAUUCCCAAGGGAGGUAAGGACCUCCUGCGUCUCAAUGAGAUCCAUCUGAAUCAAAGCAAGGCCAACAGUAACAACCAAACGACAGCCGCCAACAACUCUACACAGCAGGUGGUGCUGGCAGACGAGAAGAAUGUGAUACGGUCAAGCUACCCCCUCAGCCUGGACUCACCCUACCUCAUCAAUACCCUGCACAUCUGCCCAGUUGGGAAACAAGUGGAUUAUAUCAUCAUUGUACACAGCGCCACGCCGUUCUUCGAUAGACGCCGGGUCAUCAGAGAAACUUUCGGGGGCAAGCGUCUCUUCUCCAACCUUGUCUACCGCAUCAUCUUCCUCCUGGGCAGGACUCUGGAUCCCCUGACCACCAAGAAGAUCCAGGAGGAGGCCAUUUACUACAAGGAUAUCGUCCAGGGGCCAUUCAGAGACUCGUACCACAACCUGACCCACAAGGGCGUCCUUGGAUUUCGCUGGAUCUCCGAGCACUGCCCUCAGGCAAAGCUCAUCCUCAAGAUAGACGAUGACGUCUUCAUCAACCCUUUCAAGAUGGUGCGUGAAAUUCUACCCAAGUUUCAAAACGUCUCCAGGCACAUCGCUUGCCACCUUCGCCGAUCCGGGACGAGCCUCAUCGUCCGGGGAAAGGGAAAGUGGAAGGUCCACGAAGACGAAUUCAAAGGGUACAAGUAUUACCCCUUUGACCACUGUCAAGGGUACGUAGUUUUCAUCACCAGUGAUCUCAUUCGCCCUAUGUUGAACGCCGCCCGGUUGAACCCAUUUUUCUGGAUAGAUGACGUCUACCUGUUUGGCAUCCUCCCUGCUACGGUCGGGGGCGCCACUUUUACGGACCUAAGACCAAAUCUGACGUUAAAAUUUGAUACAGGAAAAAGCUGUUUUGAACAGCAGGGAGUGCGCUGCAAGUACUUGGCAGUUAGUCAGUGGAAAUCAGGGGAGUCUGGUAAACUUUGGUACAGUCUUCUUUCUAACUUGACAGAUACAGAGAAACGGGAACUACAUAUGUUUGGAAAGUCUUAAUCUCCACGUGACUAUAAAUAGCAUCAUGAAAAUCUGCGUAUUGCCAAACUCUUAGUAAAUUUCUAAACAAUGUUGCAUCAGUGUACGCAUUAAUUAAACUCUAAAGUGAUCUCCCUUUGUUUUCUCGUCACAAUUUAUUUGUUUGACAGAA